AAAAAACACUUGGGAUUUCUAUGGUUAUACGAAGAUUCUAACAAGAUGGACUCCAUCAUUCUCUGUUCACUGCGAUUCCCCCUCGGCUCCUGUUUGGGUAGCCUUCGAUGGCUUGCCAGUUCAUCUGCAGGACGUUAGAGCGCUUUUCCCAAUAGCUAGUCUACUGGGGAGACGUCUAAUUAUUGAUUCUCCAAUUGCUAACUUUUCAAGACCCUCUACUGCUAGAAUAUGUAUUGAAAUGGAUGUCUCUAGAUCUCUUCACUCUAAAAUCUGGAUCGGUAAUGGAGAAAGAGGUUUUUUCCAACCUGUGUUGUAUGAAAAGCUUCCAGUUUACUGCACAUUUUGCUCUCGAUUUGGCCACAACAAAUCAGCUUGUUUACGACAUGAAAAAACUACAGAUUCUGAACCGAUGAUGCCUAAAAAGCUGAGGUUACUGCCCCGAUUGCCCCUGUACCUCCUAAUUUGUCUGUUGUUGGUCAUGCUGAGGUUUGUGCAGCAACUCUUGAUGCCCCCAUUACUGUCCGAUUCUAUUGUUGAUGUGAAUGCCCGGGUUAUUGCAGCUUGUGCUACUCUUGAUUAUGUAGAGAGAGGCCUCUCUUGUAAUAGAAUAUUAUUAGGAAGAUUUGUUUCCUAGAAUAUUAUUAGGAAGAUUUACUUCCUAGAAUAUUAUUAGGAAGAUUUGUUUCCUAUUCUGUAUUAAACUCUGUUACUAUAAAUAAACAUCCAGGGCUCCUAUUGGAGCACCUUUCCCCGUUAUUUCACAUGGUAUCACGAGCCUAAGAAGAAGAAAAAAACCCUAU